AUAAUUUGUUUAGAUUUAUAAUCAUUCAUACUUUUGCUUCGCAUAUUUAUGCUAAUCAUGAUUACCAGUGAUACUUAAAAAGAAAACUUUUCAUCAUCGAUCUUUAGCACCUCUAACUGACUCACACACCGGCGGAUUGCUACGGAACGGACCCCUCAUCUAACCGCGGAAGAAGCUACCAGCGUGGCUGUCGGGGCGAUUCUAGCGGAGUUCAGAUCCACUCAGUGGUUCGGUCAUUGGCUCUGACCGAACCACUGAUUCUAAGCUAACCCUGAAUGGUUUAGCUUCGGGGUUAGUUGGUGGACAUUAUGGAGGAGAGCGGAGAGGAGGCGGCCAGCGCAGCCUGCAGAGUUUUCACCUUUAAAGACGCGAAAAGCCCAGAGAGUCUGAGUGUCUGCAUCCCAGAGGUUCUGGACCCUCAGUAUGGGAUGUACGUGUGGCCCUGCGCCGUGGUUCUGGCCCAGUACCUGUGGUUCCACCGAGACCUGCUGAGAGGCCGGGCGGUGCUGGAGCUCGGUGCCGGUGUGGGUCUCCCCGGCGUGCUGGCGGCCCGCUGCGGCGCCCGCGUGUCGCUGUCGGACGGAUCGGACCGGCCACGGUGCCUGGAGAACGGCCGGCGGAGCUGCGCGGCCAACGGGCUGCGGGACGUCGGCAUGCUGGGCCUCAGCUGGGGGGACGUGACCCCGGAGCUGCUGCUGCUGCCCCCGCAGGACGUCGUCCUCGGCUCGGACGUCUUCUACAACCCCGAGGAUUUUGAAGAUGUUUUGGUGACGUUUGUCUGCCUGCUGAGGAAAAACCCGCAGGCUCAGUUCUGGACGACGUACCAAGUGAGGAGCUCUGAUUGGUCCCUAGAGGCCCUGCUCCGCCGCUGGAGGCUGCGCUGCGUCUCAGUGCCGCUGGCGGACUUCGGCGCGGAUGGCUGCGAGCUGGCCGGGUCCGCGCUGCCGGGCAGCCACACCGUCCACAUGAUGAUCAUCAGCAGGGGGUCAGAGGUCGACCCACCGGCCCAGGGGUCACCGUCUGCUCCCAGACACACAGCCUGCCGCUCGGCUGCUCAGUGAAAAACUGAUUGAAUUGAAAACAUUAAGGCAGAUUCAGGUUCUGAUGGGAAUCUUGAAUAUUUCUGGAUUUGACUCCAGAUUUUCAGUUUUCUCAGCAGAGGGCAGCGUUCCACUGAGAACGUUAGUAGUUUGAUGAGAGGACUUCCUGUUUCUGGGAGAUGCAUCUUCCCUCCCUCCUGAACAGAUUAACCAGAUUUCUGUUUCUGCAGAUUAACUGGAAUAUUAGAAAAUGUUUACCGGCGUCCGGUCUGCGGGCGUCCGGUCUGCGGUCGGCGUCCGGUCUGUAUAUCUGCUGUAAUUCCUGUAAAUAAAUGAAUCUCUUGCAGGUU